AUGUUUAUUUGCUGCAAAACCAAACCAAAGAAAGACAAGUAGAUUAUGUUUCUAAAUAAUUAUAGUAAAUAAUAGAAAAAUGGCUCCACAGCUGCAAAUUCUGAUGCUGAAUCACUUAAGCAUAGCAAAUGUGAAGAAGACAUACAUAAAGAGCCAUUUCAAGAGAUUGGAAACAAAACUUAAUUGACUGAGAAAGUCAAAAAGCUUUAGGAGAUUUAAAACAAAGUUAACAGAAUCAAAACAUACAGAAACCAAGGCAACAUUAAUUUAAGGUAUUUAAAAUAUUAAGUUCUAUAGUAUAGAUAUUGAAAAAUCAUUCGUAACUUCUUUAAUUGAAUAGGAUUUGCCAACAACUUAUUUUGUUGAGUACAGAUGGGCUGUAAAUUAUACCAAAUUCUUGGAAAGAAUAAUAUAAGAUGUACCCUAAACAAUUAAUAAUGAUAAAUUAUUGACUGAAGAAAAUGCUCAAAAAGAGCAAGUCAUUAUCAAAUCAGAAAAGGAUACUUAACUUCUACCAGGGUUAUAACCAGAUAGACAUUAUGUGCUUUUGAAUGAGAAUUCAUGGAUUUUUAUACAUCUUAUGUAUGGCGGAGGACCAACAAUAAUGAUUAAUUUGGAAACACAAGUGAUGUCACCAGAUAUUUUCAAUGAUGGUUAAACUAAUGUAACUCUCCAUACAGCAAACCCUUCCAAAAUUUCAUUUGAACCUAUUAUAGAAAUAUCAAAAUAAGAGAUCUAACUAUUAGAGGAUUCAGAUAAAUCCACAAAUUAAAGAUAAAUUUCUUAAAAAACAAAUUCCAUAAAAAUUUAACCAAAACCUUAUGAAUUACCUUAUGUUGGUCUAAAUAAUCCAAAAUAUUAUUGUUACAUGAACUCAGCAUUAUAAUGUUUGUUGAGUAUAAAAGAAUUAAAUGAUUCCUUAUUAAAAUAGUAAAAAUAAUAAAAUAAGAAAUUUACUAUGGCUUAUCAAGACUUAUUAAAACUCGUAUAGAAUUCCAUACCAGGAUCAGCUAUAUCUGUUGAGAAACUUUAAAAUAUGUGCUUAAAUAAAUUUAAAUACUCUUAAUAACAAGAUGCUCAUGAAUUCUUAUUGUAUCUCCUUUCAGAAAUCUAAGAAGAACUUGUUGGAAAAAAGAAAUAUUAAAAAGAAGAAUUUCCAAAUGCUUAAUAGGCUUGGGAUGUUUAUAAAAGUAGAAAUUCUGAUAUCAUAACUGAUUUAUUUGCUGGUUAGAUAGCAAGUAAAUCCCAUUGCUCAUAAUGUUAAGAGAUUAGUGAGGGAUUUGAUCCAAUUAUAGAUUUGAAUCUUCCUUUAUUAAAAAAAAGUAUUCCUCGAGAAAUUAAAUUAUAUGAUUGUCUCUAGAACUACUUUAAAGAAGAGUAAAUAAAUGAUGUUUGGAAAUGUGAUAAAUGUUAAUUUGUAAAUAAAUCUGUUUUAAGGAAAAUCUAAAUAACUUAGACUCCAAAAUAUCUGAUACUUCAUCUUAAGCGAUUUACUCAAAUUCCUAAGAGUUAAAAGAUAAUAGAUGAAGUUAAAUAUCCAGAAAUUUUAGAUAUAAAGGAGUUUUGUGAAGAAAAUGUAGAAUACACAAAAUAUGCUUUGAAAGGUGUGAUCUCUCAUAUGGGUUAGUUAAAUGGAGGUCAUUAUGUUGCAUAUGCUUAAAGAUAAAAUUAAUGGUAUCAUUUUGAUGACAACAUUGUAACAAAAGAUAAAAAUAAUUAACAUCUCUCAGAUAAAGGGGCUUAUAUAAUUUUGUAUGAAUAACAAUGA